GUACGGCACGCACAGCACAGCUGGCCAACCAUCGCAUGGCAGCGCAGCAGAGGAAUCCCGGAAUGAGCUCCCCAAAGCUGCAUCUUUCAACCCUCUCCUUCUUUUUCAACUCCAAGCAAACAUCAUCUUCCCUGUGAAUGCACCGCAUGCAAGCAACGGCGACGGCCAGGUCCCUCGGCAACACCAAGAUGGCCGGCGCCGGUGGUGGCAGGGCGAGGCCGUGCGGGCUGCUUCUGCUAUUCCUCGCGCUCGGCGCCGCGUUGAGCACCGUCGUCCUGCACAAGCUCAGAGAGAGGCGCGUGCUCGGCCUCCUCGUCCGGGACCACGAGCGCGAGCUGCUCGCCUUCCAGUUCCUCUUGCAGAAAGAAAGAAUCAAGGCUAAAGAAUUGCGAACCAGACUGCAAGGCUUAAGAGACAAGACAAUCUCUUUGAGUCACCAGAAAAAAGAGCUUUACAAUAAGCUCAUGGAGAAACAAGCAACAGUUGCUGAUCUUGAAAGGAUGCAAAAUGAGCUGCAAAUAUCUCUUCAGGAGAAGGAAACCCAGAUCAAUCUAAUAACAGCGAAAGCUGAAGGAUCAGUGGAUUCAAGCCGACAACUUUCUGCUCUAACUGAUCUUUUGAAUCAAAAGAAUGCUGAAAUUGAAGAACUGAAACAUCAGCUUUCAGAAGUACACCAGCCUGAGAACAUCCUGGCAGAAGAUUGCCACACCAUCAAGAAUGUCACGGCACUUGACAACACUAAGGAAAAUGAGGAUCUGGAAGAUACUACAUCGUUAACAAGUGCAAAUGCUAGUGAAACUAAUGCUACGGGAGAUGAGACACAAGGUAUCAAUGCAAAUGAUCCAUCAAUUAGUCAUGAAGUGAACUUUGGAGAUGAAACCUGGGUGAAACUUGAGACCAACAUCGAGGAUGAAGACUUGGACAAAAGUGGAAUUGAUGGUAGCCAAAGUGUGACAGAAGAAGAUUCACAAGUUAGGUCAGAAAGGAUUGAAGUUUCUCAAGGUAGUGAAACAAGUCUAGCAAACCCAAAGGAUGCCGAAGAACAACCAGAGAAACCGAAGGACAAUGAGAUUACCAUCCCAAAUGGCAAUAACAAACCCGACGGUGCAGAAACAAUUUUGGGAGAAAUUGAGGCAACAGAACGACAUGGUGAUUCAAAAGAUAUUGAGAAUUCUCAGUUCAUCAUUCAACCGAAUACAGGUAAAAAUGGUGUGGAUUUUACCAUUGAGCAACCCAAAAGUAAACGUCGACACAGUAAAAGGACUAAAAGAAGAAGAGUAGGAGCCCUUCAAAGAGAUAUCAAACUAAAUCAUGAUUCAGAGCACAACACAAUUUCCCAAGAUGUAGAAAAUCCUACAGUACCAAAAACUGAAACUGACGACACUGGAAUACUGGUAGGUGCAGCUAGUGAUCAACCCAAAAUAUAUGUUCAGUUACGAGAAGAUUCAAGUACCAACGCUGGAAGCAGCAAUGAUGCUGGUAAAGAUCAAACAAUUCAUCCUAGUGAUGAAACAUUUCACGAGAAUGAGGCUUCAAAAACUUCAGAAACCAAAGAAAACACUAAGGAAGAUGGCAUUGAAGUUUCAAGUAGGAUAAACUUAGACGUCACAGAGAACUCUUCUGAUGGAACUUCACAAGAUCCUGAAACUGGUGGAGAAAUUCAGGAACUUGGGGGAGAAGAAAAGGAAGUCAUUCAAGGAGAACAGAAGCAGGAAGAUCCAGAUAGAUCUCAAGAUGAUAAUAAUGACAAUAAUCUUCAAAAUUAUGAGCAAAAUGUGACCACUGAUGAAGCAUAAAAAGGAACAUUUAUUUUCAAUAUAGUUGCAUUGG